AUGACCGGAGUGCUCACACUGUACAUGCCAACAGAAGACGACUUCAUCUGGGGGCGGGUCCUUGUUGAGACGGACAAGCCAAUCGGCCCCUGUGUGGACUGUUCUGGUCCCAACUGUAUCCAACAAAACCAUGUGGAAGUCCUGGAUGCCACCACGAAGGAACUGCUUUGCUUUCUAGAUAAGGUGGAGCCCAACUCCACAAUAGGAGAAAUCAAGAGUCUUUUCCACAAAUUAUAUCCUCAGUGGUAUCCAGCGAGACAGGCCCUGAAGCUUGAUCCCAAUGGAAAACCACUGAAAGAUGAUGAAGUCUUACAGACGCUACCUGUUGGAACCACGGCCACGAUGUACUUCAGAGAUCUCGGUCCACAGUUAGGCUGGACUAUGGUGUUUUUUGCAGAGUACAUCGGGCCUCUCCUCACCUACCUCCUCUUCUACUUUCGUGUUCCCUGCAUCUACUCACACAGAUUUGCCUUCACCUCCAGUCCCCAUCCUGUUGUCACACUAGCCUGUGCCUGUCAUACCUGCCACUAUGUGAAGAGGUUGAUUGAAACUAUCUUUGUUCAUCGCUUCUCCCAUGGAACCAUGCCUCUCAGGACAAUAGUCAGGAAUUGUGCUUAUUACUGGGGUUUCUCAGCUUGGUUGGCCUACUACAUCAACCACCCUCUUUAUACACCGCCAUCUUAUGGAGAUGUACAAGUCAACUAUGCACUAGUCAUAUUUGUGAUAUGCGAGAUGGGCAACUUCUCCAUCCACUUGACUUUGAAUAAUCUCAGAGGAGAAGGGUCCAGGAUGAGAAAGUUCCCCAACCCUACUAAGAAUCCCUUCACAUGGCUAUUCUUUUUUGUAUCCUGCCCAAAUUACACAUACGAGGUUGGCGUUUGGGUGAGCUUCUCCAUCAUGACCCAGUGUCUGCCAGUGGCGCUCUACACACUGCUGGGCUUCAUUCAGAUGACCAUCUGGGCAAAAGGCAAACACAGAGCCUACAGCCGGGAGUUCAAGGACUAUCCCAGCCUCCGGGUGGCUAUCAUCCCUCUGAUUCUCUGAUACUGGUUGAAACAUGGAAUACUGCAGCGUAUGUAUGAGUGUGCAUUGGCUGGACAGCUUCUUCUGGAGUCCUGUGAAGUUCAUGAAGGAAGGAAAGUCGCUGCCUGGGAAUCUGGUGCUGGGCGAGGUUCUUUGUUAUCACUGGAUGAACUCAAAGUGGCCAUGGGAGCUAUGAAUGUUGUAUAUCAGCCCAAAUUAAGAUUUUGUUUGAAUGUGUAACAUAACUUAAUGGAAAUGGUGGAUUUUAUGACAAUUUUGCGUUUAAGAAUGACUUGAAACAUUUUGGUUGAAUGUCUGUUCUGUCACAGCAGUGGGUUGCAUUUCCUGUGCUGGAUCUUGACUCGGCAACUACUAAAGAGAUUAGUUGGUGCUUUCAUUGUUGCCAUAUGAGGAGAUUGUUUGUUUGUUUUUUAUUGGAUGUUAAGGUUGCCAUUGAGUCUUUUUAAAUAAUCACAAUACCUCGAUAUACAUUGUCAUCUGGAACUUGUGACAAUGUGAUAGAACACUUGAGCGUAUUGGCAAAACAGCAUGUCAGCAUUUUAGAGCUCCCUCUCCAACCCGUGGGUACUAUUCACCACAAGCUGGCUCACUAGCUUACAGCAUGUAGGCGCCGUUCAUUUCAGUGACGAAGGCUUGUAACAGUAAUGAACAGUUUUCAGGGUGACUGAAAGACUUGCAGUACGUGGGAAGUUUUCCCUCUCAAUGAAGUGCCUGCUGGAGCAACUAAAAGACUAAAAUUCAAAAUGUCAUGGCAUCCAUUUAAGAGUGCAGCUUUACAAAUUCUCAGGAGGAAUGCUGAUAAAGCAGGUAUUUAAAGUGUGCUAAUGUGAAGUUGUUUUAUCCUGAUUAUGAUUUUUUUUUUUUUUUGGAAGAAAGGUAAUUAUAUUGAAGUGUAACC